UACACGGCGAAGAGCCCGGCCGGGACCCCCCGCGCCGCCGCCGCCGCCAUCACCCCGCCCCGCCCCGCGCGGCCCCGGCGCUUCCGGCGCGAUGGUGGCGCGGCUGCGGCGGGCGGCGGCCUCGCUGCUGCGGGCGGCCGCGGGCUCCCCAGGCGCGGUGCGGCCGAGGCACGCGGGGCGCCGGGCGGCCGCCGAGGACGGGGCCGCGGAGGAGCAGGAGGGCUGCUGCCGGCUCUACCCCGGGCACAUCCCCACCAGCCUGCUGCAGAAAGUGCUGCUGGCCGCCGGCUCGGCGGCGAUGGCUCUCUAUGACCCCUACAGACACGACAUGGUGGCGGUCCUCGGGGAGACAACGGGUUGCCUUGUCCUGCCGAACCUGCGAGACAAGAUGAAACACGAUCCCGAAGGUUACCGCAUCCUCCGGGAGCGGCCUCGCAUCCGUCUCUCCACCCUGGACGUGAACAGGCUGCGGGGGCUGCCGGAUGGCACGCUGGGCCGAGAAUACACCCGGUUUUUGGAGGACAACAAGGUUUCUCCGGACACGCGGAUGCCAGCCAAGUUUGUUGAUGAUGAAGAGCUGGCAUAUGUGAUCCAGAGGUACCGGGAAGUCCAUGACCUGAUGCACACCCUCCUGGGCAUGCCAACCAACAUGCUAGGGGAGGUCGUGGUGAAGUGGUUCGAAGCCAUCCAGACGGGGCUGCCCAUGUGCGUCCUGGGCGCAGCCUUCGGCCCCGUUCGUCUCAACGCACGCAAGCUGCGGCUCCUGACUACGGAGCUGAUUCCCUGGGCGAUUCAGAGCGGGCGCAACGCCAACUGUAUCCUCAACAUCUACUACGAGCGGCGCUGGGAACAGACAGUGGAGUCCCUGCGGGAGGAGAUUGGCAUCUUCCCUCCCCCGGCUGUUCGAGUGUGAGAGCUCGAGGAUCGGGGAGGGGAUGGGGGAUCCCCAACUGGCGAACAGCAACCGCUCCCCUGCCGCGUUUCAUCUGCUGCUGCUGCAGGAGCUCAGCUUGGCUCCGCUGCCAGCCGCCACGGGCCUGAUGGCUGCCUUUCCCCUGUCAAGAGCUGGCUCCCGCCUGUUGAUGGAGGCCGAGUUGCACCUCCCUGUGCCGUGGCAGAUCUUGACCCCUUCUGCCAUUUGGGAUUCGGUGGAGAGGUGUCGAGUCCCGCUGUGCCCGCGCCAGCUGGGUUUGGCUGCCCGGGUCCCCCCGGCAGCAGCGCUCUGAGGCUGAUAACACUGGGAUGGGGAGGGAAGGGAGCAAAGCUGCCGGAGCAAACUGCCCUUGGCCUUCUGCAGCUGUAAAGCUCCGUAGGUAAAUCCGUCCUCCCCUCCCUCCCUGGGAAGCUCAAAGCUUAAAGUCCUAGAGCGGUCCUGGACUGGAGUUCAACUGGUUGAUUUACAAAGCAGCCCAGGGGCAGGUUUGGUGCCUGUAGCAGCGAGAGCCAGUCCUGCACCGGUGCCUGCCUCUGACCUCCUGCCGCUGGGUAAUACGGGAUGUCCCACGCUUGGAGACCACGCAGUGAGCAAUCGCGUGCCUGCGGGAGCAGCUCGGGGGUGCACUCGGGGAGCUCUUUGAGACCCAGUGAGCUCGUGUGCUGACACGCAGAGAGGACGUGGGUGUUGCAGGACACUGUGCCGUGGCCGAGGGCUGAGCGGCUCUGCCCGACUUCCCUUUUCUCGCUGAAAGCAGGCAGAGAAAUAUCCCUGGAUGGUACCUCCGCUGGAGCCGCUGCUUGAGAGCAGCUCCCGGGCUGCUGUGCCUCCCUGCAGACCCUCCCCAGCAAAAAGGCUGAAAUCUGCAUGGUUGCACCAGGCUUUCGAUACGAGUCGUCCCCCUUCUUCUGGCAGCAAAACAAUGUGGUUGGGAAUGAGGGGCUGAGCCUUUGGGGAGCAGAGGCCGAGGCUGCUCGUGCCGUUCACGCUGAGCUGUGUCUGGGAGCUGAUUGCUGUCUCGGUUAAUUAAACGGGUCCCCAGGCUGCCACUGGCUGGAUUGUGGAGCUGUCAAGCGCUAGGGCAGAGCCAUGAGGCAGGUGGGUCUUUGUACAGGGAGGUUUGCUGUGUCAAAAUUCCUUUUCGGUUAAUAAAAUUCAUGGUAGA